AUUUAUUCGUUACAAAAUACCGAAUAUUGCAAUUUACGAUUAAACCGAACCCUAACUCCCAACGGCUUAUUCUGGUUCUCCGUUCUUACACAGACACAGGAAUCCCGUAUCUUGUCUCUGGAUUUACAUUCUUCAUCUUCUUCCUCACAACUGUCAAUUUCACAGUCCAAAUCUAAUUUUUGUUAGAAAAUUUCGUCGCAGAUAUGCGUUUCAACUCAUCCAUUAAUUUAAUCUGCAUGUAAAUGGUAUCUAAUUUCAUGGAAAGGGAACGAACUCGGAAACGACCUCGUCUCGCUUGGGAUGCAGCAGCAGCUCCACCUCCUUCAAUUCCAAAGGUGCCCAGAAAUUUGGCAGUGGUCGGUGACGAUGGAAUCGAAAGAAAGUAUGCUUCGCCUCCGAGAAGAGACGACGAUCGUGAUGGCCAUUAUGUCUUUAAUCUCGGCGAAAAUCUCACUCCUAGAUAUAAAAUUCUCAGCAAAAUGGGUGAAGGUUAGCGGUCAAGUGCUCUCUGAAUACAAGUUUAAAUUUUUAUUUGACUCUGCUUGUGUCAUUCAGCAUGUUGCUAGUGCUGUAGGCACCUUUGGUCGAGUUUUGGAAUGUUGGGAUCGUCAAACCAGAGAUUAUGUAGCUAUCAAGGUAAUUAGAAGCAUCAAGAAGUAUCGCGAUGCAGCAAUGAUCGAGGUUGAUGUGCUUGAACGUCUUGUGAAGAGUGAUGUGGGAUGCUCAAGCUGUGUACAGAUCCUGAAUUGGUUCGAUUACCGGAAUCACAUAUGCAUUGUCUUUGAGAAGCUUGGACCAAGUUUAUUUGAUUUUCUAAAGAGAAAUAAAUACUGCCCAUUCCCUGUGGAUCUUGUUCGUGAAUUUGGACGACAGCUUUUGGAAUCUGUAGCAUUUAUGCAUGAACUACGCCUAAUCCACACCGACCUGAAGCCAGAAAAUAUACUUCUUGUUUCUUCUGACUAUGUAAAGCUUCCUAGUUGUAAGAGGGUUAUGUCAGAUGAAACGCAAUUUAGGUGCUUGCCUAAGUCUAGUGCGAUUAAGCUGAUUGAUUUUGGCAGUACUGCAUUUGCAAAUCAGAGUCAUAGCUCCAUUGUUUCUACAAGGCAUUAUAGAGCCCCUGAGGUUAUCUUAGGUCUAGGGUGGUCAUCUCCGUGUGAUUUGUGGAGUGUUGGAUGCAUUCUCAUUGAGUUAUGCACGGGAGGAGCAUUGUUUCAGACUCAUGAAAAUUUGGAGCACCUGGCAAUGAUGGAGAGAGUUUUGGGACCUCUACCAGAGCAUAUGGUUCAAAGGUCUAAGGGUACGGAAAAAUAUUUCAAGCGUGGAUCACGACUAAGAUGGCCCGAAGGAGCUGUUUCAAGGGAGAGCAUAAAUGCAGUGAAGAAGCUUGGCGAUCUUAAGGAUAUUAUAUCACGUCAUGUUGAGUCGUCAAGGUCCUCAUUAACUGAUUUGUUGUAUGGUUUAUUAACAUACGAACCAUCCAAACGCAUUACUGCUCGCCAAGCUCUUGAUCAUCCCUUCUUUAGGAUUCCAACUUAAGAAGCCAAAUACCUUAUGUUAUUUGAAUGAUUAUCAGUUGCACAGACUACAAUUUUGCUUUAAAUGGAUUUAUCAUUUAUUGCAGUGGUUUAGUCGCGUAGAAAAUAUUUAUUUAUCAUGAUCGUUUUAUUCAACCAAACUGUAUUUGCAAUGGAUGGGUGGUAUGAGAACUUCACUCUACUGAACAUAGUUAUUGGAUAGAGGAAUUAUGUUGUACUCGAGAAGGUGAAAAGUAAAAUAAGUAUCAAGAACAUAAUGCCAAAAAAUUAGAAUGUAUCCAAACUUUGAUUAUUUUUUUUUUUUUAAGAUGGCACUCUGGUAAGCAAGGCCUACUGGGACAUCAUUAUUUGAAGGUUCAUUCACAA